UCGAUCUCGCGCAAAAGGAUCUAGAAGAAAGAAGGAAUAUUCGGAGAAAUGGUGAGAGGAUUGUUGAAAAGCCUUGCCGCUCGAUCUCUUUCCCUCGCCGGAAAAUGGCAGCAGCAGCAGCUCCGCCGCCUCAACAUCCACGAGUAUCAGGGAGCUGAGUUGAUGAGCAAACACGGGAUCAACGUUCCAAGAGGUGUGGCAGUUGGUUCUACCGAUGAAAUAAAAAAGGUGUUGCAAGAAGUAUUCCCCAACCACAGUGAGGUGGUGGUGAAGUCUCAAAUCCUUGCUGGUGGCAGAGGGUUAGGUACGUUCAAGAGUGGUCUCCAGGGUGGAGUUCACAUUGUAAAGGCGGACCAGGUUGAGGACAUAGCUGGGAAAAUGCUAGGGCAGAUACUUGUGACAAAGCAAACUGGUCCUCAAGGAAAAGUUGUCAGCAAGGUUUAUUUGGCUGAGAAGUUAUCCCUUGUCAAUGAGAUGUACUUUGCCAUUACACUUGAUCGCUCAUCUGCUGGUCCUCUUAUUAUUGCCUGUAAGAAGGGAGGAACCAGCAUUGAAGAUCUUGCUGAGAAGCAUCCAGAACUCAUAGUAAAAGUACCCAUUGAUGUUUUCACUGGAAUUACUGAUGAGGAUGCUGCCAAGGUAGUCGAUGGUUUGUCUCCCAAAGUGGCUGAUAGAAAUGCUUCAAUUGAACAAGUGAAAAAGUUGUAUGAGCUUUUCUGCAAAUGCGACUGCACAUUGUUGGAGAUCAAUCCCAUUGCUGAGACUUCCGAUAACCUAUUAGUUGCAGCAGAUGCAAAGCUCAACUUCGAUGAUAAUGCUGCAUUCCGUCAGAAAGAGAUUUUUGCUCUCCGUGAUCCAACACAAGAGGAUCCUCGUGAGGUUGCUGCUGCAAAAGCGGACUUGAAUUACAUUGGUUUAGACGGUGAAAUUGGCUGCAUGGUGAACGGUGCUGGAUUGGCCAUGGCCACUAUGGAUAUAAUUAAGUUGCACGGCGGAACUCCUGCUAAUUUUCUUGAUGUUGGCGGAAAUGCUUCUGAAAGCCAGGUUGUGGAAGCUUUUAAAAUUUUGACCUCAGAUGAGAAAGUGAAGGCUAUUCUUGUAAACAUUUUUGGAGGAAUAAUGAAGUGUGAUGUAAUAGCAAGUGGAAUUGUUAAUGCUGCUAAACAGGUUCAACUGAAAGUACCCGUUGUUGUUCGCCUCGAGGGCACCAAUGUUGACCAGGGUAAAAGAAUUCUCAAGGAAAGUGGGAUGACCUUGAUCACUGCUGAAGAUUUAGACGACGCGGCUGAGAAAGCUGUGAAAGCCUCGGCAAACUGAUGACGAUCGCCCCAAAUUGCUCAAGGUCACACUCUUAUAAUUUCUUCCCUCUUUUUACAAUACUUUGAUUUGUGAUCUCCCGAUAUGAAAUUCCCAACAGUCGAAAACCUGUUGGAAUCUCCAUUGCCGAAACCCAAAGUUUUUUACCAUCGUUAAAGUUUAAAAAGCAAACCAUAAAAAUCUUGACAAUAUGGUUCUUAAUUUCUGGCAGUUGAGUAUAAUUUUCUUGUGUUGGUAACAACAUACACUGUUCUUUCUUGAUGGGAAUGAUUCUAUUUGCCCAAAAGUGCUGCCUGAGUUGGGAAAUCAUCUUAUUUGGUUCAAUAAAAUUGUUUCGACAGUGUUUCUUUAAA